CGAAUUCUUUCUGCCGCUUAUAAAAUGACAAUUAACUUCUGAUCUUUCAAAACUAAAAAGAUUUUGCAACUAUGAUGUAGCUUAAGAAAGGUAUUUCGUUCUAGCAUGUCUGAAGAACAAGAUGUGCCUGCUGAUAUAGCAAAAGAAAUUCAAAAUGCCCCUUCAGGGUCCACACCUGUGCCUCCUCAAGACCUUGCAUUAAAUUUAGACUUGUAUAAUUAUGACUCACCUGAUGCACAGUCUUGUCCUUAUGUCCUAACAAGUCCAAGAUCAUUAGAAGCUUGUUCCCGGAUUGGAAUUAAACCUGUAGAUUUGCUUCAUAAAUCUUUGGCUGAAUUUUCUGAUGAUGUUGAACAAAAUAAACCUCUAGAAGAAAUUGUUAAGCUCUAUGAUGAACAUGAACAACAAAGAAUAAUUUUGUUGCAAAAGUGUCAAGCAGAGAGAGAAUUUUUAAUUUGGAGAUCAACUUCCAAGAGGAGAUCACAUUCCUUAUCGCCCUGUAGAAGGAAUCGAAUAUACAAACAACAAAAAAGUAAAGAAUCCCCAAGCAACAGGGGAUCCUUAUCUCAAUCAUUUCGCCUUGCACAAAGAAGAAAAUCAAAUGAUGAUUUACUAUCUGCUUCUGACACUCAAGAAGCUCCUGGUAAUCUUCAACGCUCACGAAGUUCCUCUGUAAAAAAUUUGCACAGAAGUGGUCAAAGGCCAACAAGUUGGUCUACUCCUUGUUCCCCUUACUACCAAGGAUCGCGAAAUCUUUUUGUCCGCAUUACCUCUCCUGUUGUGUGUGCUAAGCUUCAAACUUUUCCAAAAGCUAAAAUGAGAUUACCUCCUAAGGAUAUGAAAAUUCUUGAGGUGAUUCUGCAGAAAUAUGAAAAGCUUGAAGAAGAAGAAGAAAGGAGAGCUAGAGCGCAGAGAAGGUGGGAUAGAGAAAAAGAAGACCGUGAUAAAAAGAAAGAAGAAGCAGAAUUUGAAAGGUGGAAAAAUCUUGCCUUAAAGCAGAAAAGAAGCAGCUCAGAAGAACGCCUUAAGAUAUCCUCUGAAAAAUCUACUCCUACUCAUUGCUGCUCUCGUUAUCCUGCAUCAAAGAAAGACAGUAGUGAAAGAUCUUCCGUUUAUCAGAAGAGACAUAGUUUUAAGGUAUUGUUGUCUUAAACAGCAAAAAAUCAAACGAAAUCUUUCGAUGAGCAGCAGAAUCCUAGACGCAAUUUUGCUUCCGAUAGAAUGUCUCGAUAUGAAGCUGAGCAGAAGUUAAAAGCAAUUCAACUUAAACAAGAACAGGUUAGAAGAAGGAGGAUGGAAAUCAUCCAGAAACGAGAUGAUUGUUUAAAGAGAAGUGCAGAAGAUUUCAAGGUAAAAUUAAAACAAGUUAAAAUGAACCAGCAAGAAUUAGAUAAAGCAAUGGAAAAAUGGCAAGAGCAAGUCAUCUGUUACCAAGAAUCUUCAAAUAUGCGUGCAGCAGAGAAAGCUGCUGAGGUUUUUGAACAGCGACGUUUGAAAGCGAUGCAAGGAAGAAUUUCAAAACAAGAAGAGCACAAAAGAAACAUGCAGAAGAUUGAAGCAGAAGACUAUGCAAAACUUCAAGAAAUGAUGGCUAAACUUCGUUCAAAAGAUGAACGGUGCAGAGCUUUUAAAGAGGAGAAAGAUUCUUCAAUGGAACAAUCUCGUCAAUUAGCACAAGCAGCUUCAGAUCUCCGUGACCUUAUUCGACAAAGACUAGACAAAGAUGCAUUUGUCAGAAAAAGUCAACAAGCUGCAUUAGAGUCCAGACUUUUGAGCAUAGAACCCCGUAACCCUAAGAGUAAGCAACUUAACCCUGACGAAGAAAAGUAGUAAUCUUUCAUACUGUGUACAUACUUUUAACUUGUAUUUUAUAAGUAAUAUAUCAUGCAGGGUAGAAUUAAGGGUCUUCUGUUAAGUUUUUGCAUUUAUUGUAAAAUAAUCAUGUAAGAGAGAUGUGAUCCAAAUGUGAUAUUUUGUGCAUUGUUAUAUCUAUGCAAUUUAUUUUAUUAUACUUUUGUUAUUAUUUUAAAUUUUCAUACAUAUACACAUUUUUAUUAUUGCACAGCGUUAUUUGUUGUUUUUAAAAUUUAUUUGUGCUUUAGAGCAAUCUAGUCUU